CAUGCUUGAGGGGGCGCGGCUGUCGGUCAGAGAGGCGUGUGCAUUGAAAGCUAUCCUGCUGCACCGUCCGCCCUCCUUUUUUGGUAUCCUUUACAGCAGGGCAGUGGAGAGCGGGCGGCGGCGCUGCGGGCGGCGGCCGCCAUGAAGCACUUGCCGUACUUCUGCCGCGGGGAGGUGGUGAAGGGCUUCGGCAGGGGCUCCAAGGAGCUGGGCAUCCCCACCGCUAACUUUUCAGAGCAAGUAGUUGAAAGCUUUCCAUCGGAUAUCUCUACUGGUAUAUACUAUGGAUGGGCCUGUGUUGGAAAUGGUGAUGUGCAUAAAAUGGUUUUGAGCAUAGGAUGGAAUCCUUUCUAUAGGAAUACGAAGAAAUCAGUGGAAACACACAUUAUCCACACCUUCAAAGAAGACUUCUACGGAGAAAUUCUUAGUAUAGUCAUAAUUGGAUAUAUUCGACCGGAGAAAAACUUUGAUUCCUUAGAUGCACUCAUUUCAGCAAUUCAGGAAGACAUUGAAGAAGCAAAAAGACAGCUAGAUUUACCAGAACAUCUUAAACUCAAAUACAACAACUUCUUUCAUCUGCGAGAAGGCAAAAUAGUGAACAACCACUGAGCAAAGCUGUGCGGAACCAACCAUACAAGAAAAUUUCAGUUCCCUUAUGUUAAUUCAUUAUCAGUGGAAGUCUGGUUUAGGUCCUUGCAGAUAAAUUAUGUAUCCUAAAGUUGCCAGUUUUUCAUAGAUAUGUGCACAUGCAGAACAUGACCAAAGGUAAUUGUGACCUCUUCUGCCCCUAAGGUGUGGAUAGUUAAGUGAAGAAUGUUUGCAGUUACAGAAUCAUAGAAUCACUAGGUUGGAAAAUACCUCUUAGAUCGAGUCCAACCAUUCCUAUCUGCCAGUAAACCACAUCCCUGAGCACCUCGUCUACCUGUGUUUUAAAUACCUACAGGGAUGGUGGUGGGAUGGUGGUAGAUGCCCAGAAUGCCACCUCCCUGUGCAGCCUGUGCCAGUGCCUGAUGACAGCUUUGUUGCUCUUCUCUGGACGUGCUCCGGAGCCUCAACAUCCUUCUUGUAGUGAGAGGCCCAGAACUGAACACAGUAUUCGAGGUGCAGAAGUUACAUAUACUUUCUUUUAAAGAAAAAUGAAAUGUUUUAGUGGACUUUUAAAAUAUAAUAUGUUGGAAACUAUUUCUAAAAAGUCUAUAAAAUAUUUUGAAGGUUGGAAUUUUUUUUUUACAUUUAAAAUGGGGAUGAAAGAAUUUUUUUUUAAAGAGUUGAGGCAUUCUUGGUUUUAUUAAUGUCAGUCUUAUUUUACUUCUCUUUUAAAAGAAUAAACAAAACCCACACUAAUCAACUGAAUAUAUUGUCAAGAAUAUAUUUAAAGAAUAGAUUGUUGUUUAUCCUGUUCCUGUAGCUACGUAUUCAUGUAUAGCCUUCUUUAAAAUUGUUUCUUUGCCAGUAAUUUCAUGUCUAUUGUGGAAAACAUCGUGCCUUGAGCUGGUUGUCUGGAUAGUACUUUCAUCUAUCUGCUGAUAAAUGCUACCUAUUGAAAAUUCAUUUCAUUGUUUGGUUGUGGAACCACUGUGCUAUGGAUAAUGUACAAUGACAAAAGGAAAAAUUUGAAAAACUUUUAUUUUGCUCUCAAAUCCUAGAAGAGGUGUGAUGUAUGGAUAAACUGAACGAAUAAACUAUUCUUCCUGUGUCUUCGAAUUAGAGAAAAUGUUAAUACAUUCAUUUGGCUGAGUGUGCCUGUCCACAUUAUUUAAGAGAUGUAAUAUAUAAACUGUUUAAGCUCAAUACAUAAUUCCUAGUACAGUAUAAACUUUGAGGGGUUAUAUUUUUGUAUUAUGUACAAUAAUGGUAUUUAUUUCAGUUGAUGUCUCUGCACUGUAUAAUUAAUAAAGGAACUCAAACUGACAAGGUAUCCUUCUUGUCCCAGGUUUCCUUUUCUUUGCCAUGCCCAGCAAAGUUAGUUGUCUUGGCCUUACGGAAAGCUUUGUGGGGGUGGCUGCAUAGGAAGCUAGACUUGACAGGAAGUAGUGAGGUGUUGUUUGGCCUUCCUAGUUGUCUGGAGACCGGCCCCAUUCUGGUGGCUUUUGUACUUUAGUCAGAACUUACGGGAGCUACCGCCUUAGAUUUCACAGCCUGAAACCCGUAAAUCAAUUUGUCUGUACACUUUCAAAAAAUUUUAAAGCUGCUUUGGAUUCAGAUAGAAGUUGUAUUUUUCUGUGAUGUUCUGAUUCAAGCGUCAGCUAUUCAUCUAGUCAGUGCAAAGAUUUAUCUGCUGCUGCUGAAGGGAGGUUCAAGCCCAUAUCUUAAAACAUGUGAGAUGGCUCUGUCCUCUUUUUGGGAAGCCUUCUCAUAUUUUUAGUCUUGGCCACUGUUUAUAUGCAGACCUUUAUAUAACCUCUGCCUAGCAUCACUGAAGUUACAUUAAGAAAUAAUGUAACAUGUUGUGGUGGUGAAUGAGGUAGGGAUUGUUUUUUUUUUUUUGUCAUGCAGCAAGCUCUUCAGUGGAGGCUUGUAUUUGUCCUAAGUAGUGCUUUUAAAAACAGAGUGCCCAGAAUGGAGGUGGGGAUUUAGGAGAGAAAUUCUUAAGAACCUGUGUUGUUCAGGGCUUUUCUUUAACACUCAGCACUAUAAUUUCUAAGCACCUAGAUUUUCUACUCAUUUUCUUCUGCAAUUAGAAAAAAAUUCAGGAAUACCAGAAUGCCUUCGGAUGUCUCUUGUAAUGAAUAUGCUUGAUGUAGAGGUAUAACCUUUUUUAUAACGUUUUUUUCACACACACUUUUUCUGCAGGGAUAAGUAAGGUGUAAAAAAGAGAGAAAAAAGAAAAAAAGACAACCCCAAAAAACCGCAAACCCCCUGAUUCUAAUAAGCAGAAGGCCACGUGUGCUAGUGUGAUGCUUGAAAAAUGUAUGUUAUUUACUAUUCCAAAGGAACAUUUGGGUAGUUUGGUGGUCUCUUUUGACUUUUAAAUGUGCUGGAGCUUUAAUUAAUAUUGUUAGUUAACAAUUGCAGUUAAUUAAUUAACAAGUUAAUGAUCUCUGUCUUGAUAUGCAAUGGUUGGGAACUAAUUUUCAUUUCUUUUACAUGUUCUUAAGUUCUCAGUUGGUUCCCUCCUUCGGUGCUAAGAUUUGUAAGUGAAAGGGGAAGGCACAAUUCAAUGCAAGCAAUGAAUACAGUAAGAUUUUUGUUUGGCAUUUUGAUUUCCUAAUGAUGAGAACCUAGGUAAGGGAAUUGGAAAAUUUGGUGUUGAAGUCAAUAUUAAGUGGGAAGAAAGGAUACAGCAAAAUAACUGGAUGGGAAUUUUGGUCAUGUCACAUGCAGUGGGCAAGGAUGUAGGAACUCAAGGAAAAUAAUCGAGGAAGAAUAAUUUUAAAUAAUGGUUGUUAGCGAAGUGUAUAACCUGAAUUCUUCAUGAAAAAAUGAGUCCUUAUCUAGAUGCUGAAUAGGUAAUAUAAAAGGAACAAUAAAAGAACAUUUAUUUGACUUUUUAAUACUCAAUUGAAUGUGUAAUAUAAAUCUGCAAAGUCAUGCAAAGAAAAAAUUGUUGGUCAAGAAGGUGUGCUUCCUCCUUAAACCUGUUCUGAAAAGGGACAAUGGAAAAAAGUUGUCAUUGCUCGUUACUUUAAAAUGUUAAACUGUCUUAGGGUUAUACCUUCCAUUGCGUUCACAAUUCAUGAUCUCUUGGGAGAUUUGUUAAAAUCAGUUUUCAGACAUGUAUUAUUCUACUCCCUAAAUAUUUCUGAGCAGUAGGAAAUAAGCAAUGAAAGUAGAAACGUGGUACUUAGUCAGAAAAAGAGCAGAAGUUACCUGUGUAGGAUGUCUACUAUUAAUUUUGGAUCUUAAUAUCUAUAAAUGUAUUUAAUUGAUU